AGAGAGAGAGAGAGAGAGCGAGAGAGCGGCCAAAAGCGUAAGCACCCAAAAACCACAUGACAUUCCGCGACAUGGCCUCCCUUCCUCUUCCUCCUCCGCCGCCGCUGCCCCUCCCGCAGCUUCCCUCGCCGUCGGAGGAUUCCAGCCACAGCGCCUCCCCCUCCCCCUCCUCCUUAUCCUCCUCGUCGUUCGCGUACAGCCCCAGUAUCCUCAUCAUCGCCGCCAUUCUCGCCUUCGUCUUCGUCGCCUCCAUCUCCAUCUACCUGCUCCUCCGCUUCCUCUCCCGCUCCUCCUCCUCCUCCUCGGCUCCGCCGCUCAUUCACCGCAGCUGGUCCUCCUCCACCUCCUCCGCCUCGUCGGCGCUCUCCGAUCAGGAGAAGGCGGCCCUGAUCGAGUCCCUCCCGCUCUUCUCGUUGGCCUCCUCGGUCGCCGUGCUCCCCAAGUCGUCUCCUGACUGCGCCGUCUGCCUCUCCCCCUUCCACCCCCACGACGAGCUCCGCCUCCUCCCGGCCUGUCGCCACGCCUUCCACUCCCCCUGCAUCGACACCUGGCUUCGAUCCACCCCUUCUUGUCCUCUCUGCCGCGCCUCCAUCACCCUCCACGCCCCGCCCCUCCCGCCACCGCCCCCGUUGGCGGCGGCCGCGGAGGACCUUCCCAGAUCCAGCAGCUUCCGCAUCGAGAUCGGCAGCGUCAGCCGCCGGAGGACGCCCACGGAGGAGGACGCCACCGGGGCGGCCACCUCCCUCCCCAUUCCGCCGCCGCUUCCGCCGCCGCCGCAGCCGCAGCCGCACCUGCGGUCCUACUCGCUGGGGUCGUCGUUCGACUACGUGGUGGACGAGGAGGUGGAGGCGGUGGUGGCCCGGAUCCGAAGGGCCAAGGAGUUCAAGGUGGAGCCGGCGGGACUUUCGCCGCCAGGGGCGGAGGUGGCGGAGGCGGCUGGCGGAGGAGGAAGUAACUGGCUCAAGGAGUACGUGGACUGGCUGGCCUCGUCGGCGUCCUCGUCCUUCUCCUCCCUCCGGUUCUCCGGGCGGUGGAGCCACCGCUACGACGACGGCGUCGGCGUCGGCGUCGGCGGACGGGACUCGUGGGACUUGGAGGGAAACUAUCAACAGCGGGAGGGAGAGGAGAGCAGCUAUCAAAACACCUUCUACCGAUGGCUUGUAGGGGCAUAGUUGUAAAUUCCGUCCUCCCUUUUUUUUAAUUUAAUCCCCCAGGUGCUCUCAAUGGAAGCUUCUUCCGGAUAAAACGAGUUAACCAAAAGAAGUCACUGCUUUCAGAUGAAAUUGCAGGAACGCAAUCCCGGCGUCCGAGACUCGGGAGUCGGCGUUAUUUCUUUUCUUCCCUUCCCUUCCGCCAGGAUUUGCUCCCGUCAUCCCGACGAAUAGGAUUUUAAAAAUGGCGUGACGACAUCAAAUCGCACCCGCACUGACUGGAAUUGAAUGUUCGAAAGAAUGUCAAAUGUGGGGGGGUUGGUGGCGUUUUUUUAGUGCAUUUUGGGCAUUGCUCGCCCCCUGAUAUUUUUCUUUACUUUAUAGUUUUGAAUCUAAGGGAGGAGUGGUGGAAGGAGUGAGAACGGAGGGAUUGGAAUUGAAUCGGGUCACUGAUGAGGGGAUGGGAGACAAACACCUCGCCCUCUCCUUUCAAUGCUCUCAUUAAAAGCUCAUGAUAUGGGUGCAUGGGUUGAUACGAAAAGGGGGUAGAGUUUCUUUUCCCACAGAAUAUUGCCAUGUAAAAGAGAAAGUAGAUGUAUAAGUGAAUGUAUACUUCCACCCAUUAUUUGUCAACCUACUGUUAUUUCUUA